AUCGGUAAUUUUAUCGGCCAUGAUGUGGCGCGAAUGUAAUUGGGCAAUGUUGAAUUGAGAUCCCUCGUUUUCCCCUUCGUAACUUCAUUGAGAAAUUCUAACACAAUGAAUUGCGAGGAAGAAGUUUUCAAAAUUGGAAAGCAGCUGGAGAAGAUAGUGGGACAGGAAGGAGCGAUGGAUUCUGACAGUGCAGUGGAUCUCUUGAAAAGGCUGAAAGACCUCCCCAUCACUCUUGAAGUGCUUCAAAAAACUAGAAUAGGCAUGUCUGUCAAUACUCUGAGAAAAAAGAGUGAAAAUGCAGACCUUCAGACACAGGCAAAGUCACUCAUUAAAUCCUGGAAAAAGCUUUUACCAGAGAAAUCAGGAGGAAAGAAUGAAGAAUCCAACACAGAUAGAAAAACUCCAAACAGUGAAAAAUCAAGUCGAAGCAAUUCACCUGCAGAAAAGGCAAAGUCUUCCACCACACCAACCACCCCUCAAGAAAACAAAGUUGCCACAUUCCCGCCCCCAAAAGUCACAAGUGACUCUGUACGGGGAAGGUGUAGAGAAAUGAUUGCAAACUCCCUCAAAGUGGAAGAAGGUAUUGAACCAACCACUACACCUGAAGACUUUGCUGCAGCUUGUGAGGAAUGUAUAUUUCAAGAGUUUAGGGACACAAAUAUGAAAUAUAAACAGCGUGUCAGAAGUCGUGUCAGUAAUCUUCGUGAUGCAAAAAAUCCCCUUCUUAAAGUGAAAGUACUCACUGGUGAGAUUUCACCAGGAAGAUUUGCAACAAUGCCUACAGAGGAAAUGGCAAGUGACGAGAUGAAACAGUUUCGGCAGGAAUGUGCCAAAGAGGGUAUUCGUGAAGCACAAGUUGCUAAAAACCAAGGCACCGAAACUGCAUUGUUUAAAUGUGGAAAAUGUGGCAAGCGAAGGACUACCUACACACAACUACAAACACGAAGCGCUGAUGAACCCAUGACAACUUUCGUUCUGUGUUUAGAGUGUGGAAACCGCUGGAAAUUUUGUUGACAAAGCAAAGUUUUGCAGAUUUCAUCUUUUUCCCGACUGCAGUCCUCAGUAAUAAUUUUUGUUCGUCAGCGCAUUAUUUGGUUCGUAUUUAGAGGUUGAAUUUACCAAAGACUGCCUGCAUUCGAACCAUAUUUAUUUACAACUAGCUAGAAAUCUAGAUAGUAUCUGUUAGAAUUAUUCUUAAUGCGCUUUUCAAUUGAGUGUCGUAAAUCCAAAACCAACAGCCAAUCAGGAGAAAUGAAAAUACCCUUCAGAGCCAAUGAGAACUUAAAGUAAAAACGAUCAAGCAGCCUAAAGCGCGGGAAAACGCGGGCGACCAAGUCGUGAUUGGUUUUGGUUUAAAAUCUGAUUGGCUAAGAAAGUGGCACCAGUUUUCUGGACCAAUCACAUAACGAAGUAAAGCAAAACCAAAGUAAUCCUGGAUUGCUUUUGACACUCAAUUGAAAAUUGCUGUUGUAGUUACUGUGAUUGCAUGAUAACUUGGAUUCCCAAAGUGAUGGGAGCUGUGUAAACUAUUUGUAUUAAUCUGUGCCAAAGGUUUGAUUAAAGUCAUAACAAAUAACAGAAUAAAAUGAAUUGGAACUUCCUA